CCGAUCCUGGGAGCCCUCCUCUCGGGAAGGGUGGUGGGGAUCCUGGCCGGCAUCCCGCGCCGGUCCCCCCCCCCAGCCUGUUCCCCAUCUGCCGAGUGUCGAGGUCCUCUGCGCAGGUGCAGCCACUCUUGAAAACUCCAACGUGGGAACGGAUGCCGUCGGCACAGUGGAAACUGGCUUACCUUCGGGCAGCAGCAGCUCAACAUCGCUUUUGACUCCUACCUCACCGGGUGGAGCUGGAAAACUUCAAAAUACAACCAGCAAGCAGAACACCUCCAUGAAUGGCUUUUCUAUUGCAACCAAUGACCAUUCUGAAAGAUUUGGUGGCACUGAAGGGCCAUCCAAAGCAGUUGACAGUACAACUGAACCCAAUCCUGUUUUUGACAUUGAAGUUAUUUCCAUUAGCCCAACCAAUGUGGUCUUGACCUGGAAAAGCAGUGAUUCAGCUGCUGUGGAGAAUGUGUAUAGAGUAAAGAAUCAGGUGGGAAAGGAGUGGAUGUUUGAUGCUGGAAGUCAGAAGACAUACAACAUCACAGGCUUACGUCCAGGCACUUCCUACACAUUCUCCAUUACUCCAGGAAUAAGCAACAGGACUUGGGGCAAUCCUGUGGACAAAAACGUCACAACAGAGCCGUGGCCAGUGUCUGAUCUUCGUGUUGCCUUCAUGGGUGUGACCCAGAUUGCUCUUACCUGGAGGGCUGGCAAUGGCACUGCGUCCUGCCGGAUGCUCCUGGAAAGCAUGGGAAGCGGUGAAGGGUCGUCUCAGCACUUAGCACUCAACAUUUCAGGUCUGAAGCCAGGGUUUCAGAACGUGACUUGGCAUCUUCCAGAGUCAAAUGAGACACGCAGAGAUCUCCUGGUUACAGAAGGUGGUUUGGAUACCAAUGCAGAGAGCCCACUGGCCAGCCCACCCCAGCUGCACAGAAGCCCCGAGGAUCCACAUCAACUGGAACCUGCAGACUGGCCCUCUAGCUGGGAGCCCCCCGACACAGAAGUCCUGCUCACUGGGUUACAGCCCGACACUCACUACCAGGCCACUGUUUAUCCCCAAGCUGUGGAUGGCACAGAAGGCCAGCCCCGGGAUGUCACAUUUAAGACAAAUUCUAGCCAGGUGUUUGACAUCAGAGUUGUGAACAUAAGUGCCUCGAGCAUGAGCUUGACCUGGAAAGUCAGAUAUGGUGGGUCGUCUUGGGCCUACACCUAUGAGAUCCACGUGGACGGGGGCCCUGCUUCCCUCAUCCUCACUGCCAGCGAGACGCGGGCCACCAUCUCUGGACUCAGCUCAGGCACCUUGUACAGCAUCACAGUGCGUCCUUUCCUGGGAGCGGCCGAAGGCACACCUGCCUUCCUCCAAGUGUGCACUCCUCCUGGUCCAGUCUCUGACUUUCGAGUGACAAAUGUCAGCCCAAGGGAAAUUGGCUUAGCUUGGAGCAGCAAUGACUCAGAAUCAUUCAGGAUUCUUACCACAGAGGAUGGAGAAGGGAAACAUCGAAAUGACACAGUAACAAGCUAUAGCAUUAUCAUUGGUGGCUUAAAGCCUGGAACCAGUUAUCAUUUUGAAAUCUUUCCACAAGGACCUAAUGGGACUGAAGGACCAUCCAGCAUAGUUAGCAACAGAACAGACCCCAGUGCAGUGUUUGACAUUCACGUGGUCAGUGUCACCACCACCGAGAUGCAGCUGGAAUGGCAGAAUACAGACAAUGCUUCUGAUUACAUCUACCAUGUGGUUCUGCAGUCCGAGUAUGGCUCUAACCAGACCAAUGUCUCUCAGAAAGCAAUCACACUGCAGGGCCUAAUCCCAGGCACUUUAUAUAAUAUCACGGUGUUUCCAGAAGUGGACCAGGUCCAGGGAGACUCUGACUGCAUUGCCCAGUAUACACGGCCCAGCCUCGUGUCCUUCAUUGAAAUAAGUACCAAUGCCACUGUGGCCGACAUCUGUUGGAAGAGCUUGGAUGAGGCUGCUCCCACUUACUCGUAUCGCCUCCUUAUCGUAAGGGCUGUAGAUGCCAGCAGUACAACCCAGCUGGUCACCGGCAUCGGAGCCACAUCUGUCACAGUCACCGAGUUGAUACCCGGCUCUUCUUACACGGUGGAGAUCUUUGCACGAGUGGGGAAUGUUACUGAGUCCCUGGCGCCUGGCCGGAAGCCAUUCUGCAUGGAACCCGCACCAGUGGCCUCUUUCCACUGUGAAGUAGUCCCCAAAGAGCCAACCUUGGUUCUGAGGUGGGCCUGCCCUCCGGGUGCCAAUGCAGGCUUCAAGCUGAUCGUGAGCAGUGGAGCCUGGAACAAUAUGACGGACCUGGAUAGCUGUGCCUCUGAGAACGACACAGAGUGCAGGACAGAAGUCACAUAUCUGAAUUUCUCUACCUCCUACAACAUCAGCAUUGCCACCAUGUCCUGUGGAAAGAUGGCACUCCCUACCCACAACACAUGUACCACUGGCAUCACAGACCCUCCUUCUCCAGAUGGAUCUCCUAAUAUCACAUCUGUCAGUCACAAUUCAGUAAAGGUCAAGUUCAGUGGGUUUGAAGCCAGCCAUGGACCUAUCAAAGCCUAUGCUGUCAUUCUUACCACCGGGGAAGCUGGUCACCCUUCGGCAGAAGUUUUGAAGUACACAUAUGAAGAUUUCAAAAAGGGGGCCUCAGAUACUUAUGUGACAUACCUCAUAAGGACAGAGGAGAGGGGAUGCUCAGGAGUCUUGUCUGAAGUCUUGAAAUAUGAAAUUGAUGUGGGAAACGAGUCCACCACCCUUGGCUAUUACAAUGGGAGGCUGGAGCCUCUGGGCUCCUACAGAGCUUGUGUGGCUGGCUUUACCAAUAUUACCUUUAACCUGAAAAAUGAUGGACUCAUCAAUGGGGCCGAGAGCUAUGUGUCCUUCAGCCGUUACUCAGAAGCCGUGUUCUUGCCUCAGGAUCCAGGUGUCAUCUGUGGAGCUGUGUUCGGAUGCAUCUUCGGAGCACUGGUCAUUGUAGCCGUGGGAGGCUUCAUCUUCUGGAGGAAGAAAAGGAAAGACGCCAAGAACAAUGAAGUGUCCUUUUCUCAAAUUAAGCCUAAAAAGUCCAAAUUAAUCAGAGUGGAAAAUUUUGAAGCCUACUUUAAGAAGCAGCAAGCUGACUCAAACUGUGGGUUUGCGGAGGAGUAUGAAGAUCUGAAGCUGGUUGGAAUUAGUCUACCUAAAUAUGCAGCUGAACUGGCUGAGAAUAGAGGGAAGAAUCGCUAUAAUAAUGUUCUCCCCUAUGAUAUUUCUCGAGUCAAGCUUUCAGUCCAGACCCACUCAGCAGAUGACUACAUCAAUGCCAACUACAUGCCUGGCUAUCAUUCCAAGAAAGAUUUUAUUGCCACACAAGGACCUUUACCCAACACUCUGAAAGAUUUUUGGCGUAUGGUUUGGGAGAAAAAUGUUUAUGCCAUUGUUAUGUUGACCAAAUGUGUGGAACAGGGAAGGACCAAAUGUGAGGAGUACUGGCCCUCCAAGCAAGCUCAGGACUAUGGGGACGUAACCGUGGCAAUGACGUCAGAAGUUGUUCUUCCAGAGUGGACCGUCAGAGACUUCACAGUGAAAAAUACCCAGACAAGUGAGAGUCACCCUCUGCGACAGUUCCACUUUACCUCCUGGCCCGACCAUGGUGUUCCCGACACUACUGACCUGCUCAUCAACUUUCGGUACCUUGUCCGAGACUACAUGAAGCAGAGUCCCCCUGAAUCACCAAUUCUGGUGCAUUGCAGCGCCGGGGUUGGAAGGACAGGCACUUUCAUCGCCAUUGAUCGUCUUAUCUAUCAGAUAGAGAAUGAGAACACUGUGGAUGUGUAUGGGAUCGUGUAUGACCUUCGGAUGCACAGGCCUCUGAUGGUGCAGACCGAGGACCAGUAUGUUUUCCUCAAUCAGUGUGUUUUGGAUAUUAUCAGAUCCCAGAAAGACUCAAAAGUUGAUCUCAUCUACCAGAAUACAACGGCAAUGACAAUCUAUGAAAACCUUGAGCCCGUGAGCAUGUUUGGGAAGACCAACGGUUACAUCGCCUAGUUCCAAAGCAAACCCUUUCUGAAGUUAACCAGACCGUCACACUCACCAUGCAGGAAAGUGCCCCAAUGUUGACAUGUUUUCAUAUGUCUCAUUUCUUAGUUCUUUGUUCUGUUCUGUUUGAGCUACCAUGGAGGGCAUGAAGCUGUGUGUAUAAAACAUGACAGAUGGGAAUUUGGGGCUGUAAAGAGCUGUGGAUGGGUGGUGUGAAAAUCAUCUGCAUUCCUGAUUACCAUUGGGAUGAGUUCACUUUUUGUUUUUUCCUUGAGAAUUGUGGAAAACCAGAAAAAGUGAGCUAUUUUUUUUUUUUCCUUUUUCAAACAGGUUCUUUUAUUUUAAAGACUAUUUUAUAUGAUUCACAUGCUAAUGCCAGGCUUGUGUUGGGUUGAAUAUAUUUUAAGUAUCAGAGGUCUAUUUUUACCUACUGUAUCUUGGAAUCUAGCCGAUGGAAAAUACAUACUUGUGGGUGAUUAUCAUGUAGGGAGGGGCAUUGCUGCCCCAUCUGCAUGGGUUUUCUAUUUGAACAUGUGCCUUUUCUGAAUUAUGCUUCCACAGGCAAAACUCAGUAGAUGUCUCUAUUUUUAUAUUGAAUCUCAUAAUUGGAAUAUACAGAAUAUUUAAACAGUAGUUUAGCAUCAGAGGUUCGCCUUCUCAGUAACAUUCCUGUUCUCAUUCGACAGAGGAGGCCUUUCUCUUUGCUCCACUCCCUAGCCCCCACGUACAUUUGUGCUCCACUUUUGCUUUCUUUUUUUCUCCAAAGACUUCUUUUGGGGACAUUUUCAGCCCAUUGGUUGGGUGAGAAUGGAGACUGUCACCUUGAGAAUUUCUGUGGGUGGGACGGGAGAAGCAGAGGCAUCAUUCCCGCCAUGACAUAAACCCUUUUCUUGUUCCCGUCUUCUCCUUUUUCUCUUUUCUGUCGUUGGUAAGAAGGAUUACUUAAAGGUGCAAUAUGUGACUUAGUGAUUCAUGAUGCCCGGGGUUUUUAGUGAUGUUUUACUCAGGUUGGCAUUUAAUGUGUGUCUGUGUAUGUGUGUGUGAUGUGCAUGUGCGUGUGUGUGCGUGUGUGUGUGUGUAUGUGUGGGUGUUUUACAGUGUGGCAAUCUGUGAACAUUUCAGUGUGAACUCAGUGUCAGAUUAAUCCCUCCUUCCCCAAAGUUCACUGGCUUUAGUCUCUAUCUGCAGUGACAAAUAUUGGUAUCUACUGUAUAUAUAAUUAUUAAACUCUUACACAGUCAUUCCUAUGAAUUGAGGUGUAUAAAGUUUGAUUUGUAUCAAAGAUGUAAUUAUUAUUUUUAAAACGUCUUCUCACUAUACUGCUGCUGUAAUUACUUUGAAUUUUUUAAAAUGUAGAUUAAUUUUGUUUUUGCUUCAGGUGUAUAUUCACCAAGCAUUUCAAAAUUUAUGUGGAUUUAUUUUAUUGGUACAUAAUCUGUAAACUUUCAAGGCAUUAACAUGAAAGGAUUUGUUUCUUUUAUUUUAUGUUGCGGCUCAGGUUAUAUUUUGAAGAAGUUUUGAGUUUAUUCUCCAAUAGAUAAUGAAGUAUAUACAAGGUCUUAUGAAGGAAUCACCAAGUCCUCGGAGUCCUGUGGCUGUUUUCCACGUUGAUACAUCCUGCUGUAUGCUUAGGACCAGGGUGUCCUAUUGAAGAUGAGAGUGAGCUCUUCGAGAGCCCUGGCCACCGUCCGGGGGAGCCUGGGUCCUCAUACUCUUGUGCUCCACUCCUCACCUCUCUGGCACUUUGAUAACCUACUGGCUAUGCUGAAUGGGUAUUUUAGGGUUAUGAAGGGUGAACCACAAUGUACUCAGAGCCCUGAUAUGGUUCUAGAGGUUUAAUGCUGUAUGUCUUUUGUCCACCUUUCCUCUGAGGUACUGAAAGGGUUAAAAGGAGAGGUAAUGGUGAUGUCACAUUUGGGGAGAAUUUUACUUCUCAAAUGGAAGUUGCACUUUUUGUUUAAUCCUUCGCAUUCUUUUGUAGUGAGAAGUUCAUUCAGUGUCAGGCCCUUUAAGGAAUGGGUUGGCCAGGGCAGGUUGAACCCUUAGACUCACUAGGGUAGGGGUGGGGGAUUGUUGCUACAGAUGUGAAUUAGAAGCCAUGCUGUGAUGCUAAAGGGAGACAGGUUGUUCCCGAACCUUCACUCUUGUCUGCUUCCUCCACCAUGUGCACCAGCUAUGGAGAGCUCUACAGCGGGUCCUCUCGGGGCUGUGGCCCAUUUCCUCCUCCAGUGUGUCAGAAACUAUUGUGCUGGGUGCCUACAGGUCAUAUCCUGUAUAGAUUUUAGGCUCUGCCUCUGCUGCUAUGGAGAAAGCAGAGGAAAGGGCUUGUCCCUACAAAGUCCUUUAAAAGUCCACUAAAUAUCAAAGCAACUCAAUUGUGAACAUACUGCAUAAGAGCAAAACACACGCCCUGUCCUCCCUUUUGCUUGUAUGAGUUUGGGAAGUACUUGAACACCAGCCCCAGAAAACCACUUUUGGACAUCAUUUCUAGUCCCGGGGGAAAGGUUUGUGGCAGAGAGGUCUGGAAUUCCAAAUGAGCAGUUCACACGAAGGUCACCAUGCCUCUCCACAUCCUGAGGAGGCCUGGGGACAGGGUCGGGUCAGUGGGCGUGGUCAGGUAUUUAUAGCCCAGUCAUUGGGAAGGAAAGAUUAGUGUGUCCGUAUGGGGUUUGUCAGAGACGGUGCAUCUAGGCUUAUUCCCCAAAUCCUCACAGGGUCCAUAAAAUUUGAAGAGUCCGGUGGAAUUGUGGGGGUAGUGGAAGCUCCCUGCUCAAAUAUGACAGUUGCAUAUAGAAAAGGAGCCAGUGUGGGAUUUCCUACCAAUGAAAGGGCUAAAGGUUGGUGGCCAGCUGCUCUGGGGGACUUGGGCCAAAUGUUUUCUCCUAAGAACAAAGACUUGUUCCUUCACAGCCAAAUCUAGCGAGGACUUGCACCAGUAGGAAAUGACAUUGGUGUGCUCUGUGGCCACAUUGUGACCUCUCCAGGUUUUGGCAUCACUGGCCUAUUGGAUCUGUGCAUUGUGAAGUCAGAGGCGCUCUGGCCGGGUUGGGAAGGGGUCAGCUACACAGCUGAUAGACUCUUGCUUCUCUUCUGGAUUGAAAAGCCUGGUUUUCUUCGGAAAUGCUUGAUUGUGCUUGUUGAGCCAAGCAAGCCUCUGUGACUGAUGUUGAUUUGCCUCAAAAGUCCGAAUUUUGAGUUUUCAGACUACUGUGUAGCAGCUGUGUGUCUAACAUACUGUCGCUUCCCUCCCAUGGGGCCACCUAUGAAUAAAACGUGUUGAUGUGGACUCUAAACUGUAAUUUUCUUGUAACUAUUUUGGAAUGAUGCUAUUUCUAAUGUUUGUUAUACUUGUACAGAGUAUUGCUGUUGGUUGCUUUUUUUUUAAAGGAAAAAAUGGCCUGAAAAAACUUUUUUAAAGACUUACAAAUACCAAAUAUAAAAUAUGUCAACAUAUUA